AUUCCGAUUCGGGCGCGCUGGGCGGCAGUCGGCAGAGGAGUGACGGCCGGCAGACAGCGGCCCCUUCCCGCCUCCGGCAGUGUCAGUGCAGCUCUCCGAGCCGGCCACACCACUCACACUUUCGCCACGGCGCCCUUGAGCGGACGGUCGGCUCGCGCAGCGCGCAGGCUGACCCAUUUGUAGUGGCCACUCGGCGGUGCGCUCGGCCGCUCCGGCUCCGGGCCUGCUCUCCGCCUCUGCCUCUGACAGAGGAGGGGAGGUUCCUGCCGGCGCGCCCGCUCUUCCCCCGCGCCGUCUUUCAGUUCGCCGCCGAACGCCGCCACUCAGCCGCCUCUCCUGCUGCGGUGUGGGUCUCCCCAACACCGGCCGCGCCGUCGCCGCCGUCGUUGGCGACACCCGUCGUCGUCGACACACUUCCGUCGGCGCCGACGAUCCGUGUCGGCUCCGACGCGACGAUGGGCCGCCUCGUGGAGGCGCGGAGGCGGCCCGGUGGUGCGACGGCAGCUCUACACGUGCUGACGGUGCAGCGAUGUGCCGCUGCGUUCGUUGUGGUUCUCUCAUACGGCGCGCUGUUAUGGGUGAUGUAUUCAGUGUGGUUGCGAGAUGUGAACCCAGAGGAGGAUUUACGUCCGGGUCCGGCUACUUUACCUGUGGACUAUGAGAUGUAUCGGACUUCUGAACGCGCGCGGGCCGAGCGCAGGGCAACAGACAGUGCAGGGGCGCUGAUUGAGGGAUACAGUGCACAAACUGCGGACAGUGUGGGGUACGGAGGUGAGGGCGGGGGUGUUGUAAACUACAGAACGAGUGUGCGUGGCGAGGACGGUUUUAGGAGCGAGGGUGGUCAUCUGACUAACUCCGACAACGGGGAGGAUUUUGAGGACAACCUGGUAGAGUUUGAAAGCGACGGAGACGAAGAGGAAGCCUUUGAAGAAGAGGAGGACGAAUUCGAGGAUGAUGAGGAGGACGAGGAAGAUGAGGACACGGAGCCGCCCCCAAACCGACGUCUGCUGGUGUUUAACAGUGUUCCUCACACAGGUAGUGAGGUGAUCACUCUGCUGCUGCGGUGGCUGUCCAAACAGAACGGAUUCCAGUUCGCCCAGCUGAGGACGGAGGCUGCCAAGGAGGGACCGCUGGACUCGGCGGAACAGAAGCGGCUGGUACAGAAGAUGGCCUCCCUGUCUGACACCGGAGCGGACGGAGCCUGCGUCUCCCACUCCGCCUACAUCAUGGACUUUGUGGAGCACGGAGCCUCCCUGCCGCUCCGGUUCAGCAUGAUCCGGGAUCCCAUCGACAGGAUCAUGGCAAGGUUCACCCAUGACCGCGUGCUGGGGGGCUAUUCGCCUCCUCCAUCUGCCGCCCCCGGCUGGUCACUAACACUGGAGGAGUGUCUCAAGACGUCGGGUACCGAGUGUACCUAUCUCAAUGGCCACCAGUACCCCGAGCUGACGGUUCCGUUCUUUUGCGGCCACCACGCCGAGUGCACGCGUCACAACUCACGCUGGGCUCUGGAGCGGGCCAAGCGGACCGUGCAGCGUCAGUUCGCCACUGUAGGGGUCCUGGAGAGCCUCAACACCACACUGGCCGUGGCCGAGACGCUGCUGCCCCGCUACUUCGCCGGCGCCUGGGACAGGUUCUUCAUCGAUCUCGUCGGACAGAUCGGUGACUCUAUGAUCCCGAGAUCGCUGGACGAGCUCUCACCCAAUGCGAGGGAGGUUCUACGGGCGAAUCUAACUACUGAAUACGAGUUUUACGACUUUGUGAAGCAGCGAGUUGAGCAGCAGUACAAUGCGUUUGUUCCCGGGUCAUCAUCAUGAUCAAAUAUUGCUGGCUAUAACUGCCAUAAUCCUUGAGAUGAGCCUAGGAAGAAACCACGGGGCGUCGUUCAAUGCUGUGAUGCAAAUGUCUGAUGGCGUUGCGUGGAAACCCUUGUGUUCCGGCUUGAUUAAGUUCAAAUAUUAAUCGAUGAACAGAAGAGACAGAAAAGUGUUGCGGAACGAAUCGCGGAAUUCGUUCAAGCGGGCGUUAGUUGGUGUCAGACUUCAUCAGACAUCAAGACCAGUAUUGGCUGAAGUUAGGUAUAAUUAUUUGUUCAAUUUGCUUGACACCCGUGCCCUUCAACGAUUGUUGAGCAGCUCCGAGCAGCUCAGUAAAACACCAUGUUGCAUUCAAUCUGAGCAUAAGUGUUGAAUACACGACUUUUCCAUUGUGAUUUGGGAGCCCGGUAUUU